CUAGCUCAAUAAUAUUUAUUUCAUCUGACUUCCAUCGUCAGUACUAACCGCAACUCAUUUUGAUUUUUGAAAUUGAUUUUGAUCAAAUUAAUCAUAAUACUCAUUUGUACAAAGGCCAAUAUAAUAAGCAAAUUAUUAAAAAUUGAGUUGCCGUACGUACUACCAGCAAAAUCAAACUGACUGGCAACGCUGCGUCUUAUUUUCAUAAAUAGUUGUCGGUCAUAAAAGCGAUGGCGCACGUAUAGUAUUUGGACAGCCGGCACGAGUUACGGCUGUGCCAUCAAGUCGCAUAACUCCACGUUCAUUAAACGCACCGAUGUAUCGGCACGCGACUAUUAAAUAAUGUAAACAAACUUCCCGACGCAUACAUUUAAACAAAACGCGCUGUCUUCAUUAUUUAUUGUUGGGCUGCUGUUGCCCAGUUAAUAUUAUGCAAAAACUUGUUUUGCCCGGUUAUUGAACUUAUGACACUUGACUUUGCCGGCUAGAAUGCUAGCGGCGUGAUUAUUGGGCAUCCAAAUUCGUAUCGCUAUUUGAACGUGUCAGCGAUUUCGGUUUUGAACUUCAAUCAUUACAGAACGCAAAAACCGCCACAUGUACGUUUACAAGAUGGGAAAUCGAGCACCGGAGAUAAUUAUAUGCUCCUUCAUUGUAGUCAGCCUGCUGGUAAUACACUUCUUCACGGACCUGUUGCACGUCUUGCUGUCGGGGAGCUCUGCAGUAGAUGCAACCUUAUCGCAGCUGAUCGAGUCACAGUCGAGUGAUUAUGCUUGGCUCUUGAAAUUGCUGGUUAACUGCUUCGGCUACAGCUGCGUCUUUUUGCCCGGCUAUCUCAUCUACAAGUAUGUGCAGCGCACGAACUAUCUGGAGCGAGGCAAUAAGACGUUUCUGCACACUGCCAUCAAUAUGUGCAUCACGGGCAACUCCAGCUAUGAGUCGGUGGAUGUUAUUCACAUUGCCAGUAACAGUGGCAACAGCAGUGAGGCAACAAUCGAACGCGGUCGUCCAAGUAAGCGCACAAGUUCGCAGGAGGCAGUGCAGCUGCUUUGGUGCUUUGGCGGUCUUAUGGUUUCGUAUUUAACGUGGGGUGUGCUGCAGGAGAAGAUCAUGACGCAGCAUUAUCGAAACUUCGCUGGCGAAAGCACAAAGUUUAAGGAUUCACAAUUUCUAGUUUUCUGCAAUCGUAUGCUGGCAUUUAUUGUGGCUGUCACCUAUCUACAAUGGCAGCCGGCUACAACGCAUCAUCGUGCUCCGCUCUACAAGUAUUCGUACGCCUCGUUCUCAAAUAUCAUGAGUGCAUGGUUCCAAUAUGAGGCUCUUAAGUUUGUCAACUUCCCAACGCAGGUGUUGGCAAAGUCCUGCAAGAUUAUACCCGUAAUGGUGAUGGGCAAAAUCAUGUCCAAGGCCAAAUACGAAUCGUAUGAGUAUGUGACGGCGCUGCUCAUCUCCCUGGGCAUGAUAUUCUUUAUGAGUGGGUCCGCGGAUAGCAGCAAAGCCAGCGGUGUAACUACCUUAACGGGCAUCUUUCUGCUCUCCAUGUACAUGAUCUUCGACAGCUUCACGGCCAAUUGGCAGGGCUCACUCUUCAAGAGCUAUGGAAUGACCUCGAUCCAAAUGAUGUGCGGCGUCAAUUUGUUUUCUUCCAUCUUCACCGGCGCCUCGCUCUCCGUGCAGGGCGGCUUCAUGGACUCGCUGGCAUUUGCCACAGAGCAUCCCAAGUUUGUCUUCGACAUGGUUAUUCUAUCCAUAUGCGCUGCUGUUGGCCAAUUGUUUAUCUAUCACACAAUUGAUGUAUUCGGGCCAGUUGUGUUUACUAUCAUCAUGACAGUGCGCCAGGCCGUUGCCAUCAUGCUUUCGUGCUUUAUCUAUCAGCAUAGCAUUUCGAUGCUGGGCAUCUUUGGAGUGCUCAUCGUAUUCGCGGCCAUCUUUUUGCGCGUCUAUUGCAAUCAGCAACUGAGGGCUAAACGCAAACGUGCUGAAGCCAACAAACCAAAAACAGCUGUUUAAUUGAUGCCCCGCCUUCGGCUUUGACGCACAAUCUGCUAAACGUGUAUGUCUAGUUUAAAUCUGGUUUAGGAUCAGAGGCUUAACCUAGCGUAGUUUAUAGGAUAUCUUUCAAGCCGAAUCUAUAAAUUGUACAGUUAUGUUUUGUAGUUCUAAGUCGAAAAGAAGAUGUCAAGAAAUUAAAUUUAAAUUUAGAAUAUAUAUUUAAUACAAUGGCAGCUUUUAUUGAAAUGUUUAAGAUAAGCGUAAUUUGCUGUGCAUAUUAAUACUUGUUCACAAUGUUUAAUUUUACUCGUUGUAUUUCAUUGUCCGUAUAAACGCAUAAUUGGCACUCGAAACUAUAUAUAUAUAUGUCCACGCCCUUUUGAGGCGUGUCAAUGUACGAAUAUUUAUUAACUUUAAUGGCUUCAGAGCUAGAUUAACUGAAUGAAAGAAACAUUAAACUAGAUCACAUCCAUAUCUCCUAAAAUAUAAGGCAGCUCAUAAGUUUUUAUUGAACGGUGAACGAGUAUUGCGAAGUCGGUUGCAUACGACUGAAUUAUAUACUUACUCGCUUUUGUAUAAAUUAUAAACAUAUAUGUAUGUGCUUCCUAAACUGCAACGUGUAUUAAAAUGACAUGCA